AUGGUAAAGGGGUCUGAUACCACUAUGGACAGUUGCGGCGAGAAUGGAGAUAACAAAGUGCAUGAAGAAAAUUUUGAUGAGGGUGAAGAUGCGGCGUCACAAACAAGUAAUAGUAAGAAAAGAGCACGGCUUGAUAAUAAUGACGUUAUAGAGAUGGAACAAGGUUUACAAGAGAAAUUCAAUGUGCUCUUCGGAAAAAUCAAAGAGUCUGGCAGUUAUUCAGGAAUUGAAUUCACAAAAAAGGAGAUCAAUUUUGUUAUAGUAUCUUGGAAUGUGAAUGGUCUUGGAGACCCGGAUAAACGCUUCAAGUUAAAGGGGCUUGUGAAACGAUGGAAGCCUACUAUUCUUAUGAUCCAAGAAACGAAGAUCAAGGCUUGUACGGAUGCUAUUGUGCGUCAAUGUUGGGGCACAACUCCAUGUAUUUUUACUAUAAGUAUAUCUUGUCGUAGCUUGGAGGAUAAUUUUCGUUGGGUCCUUAUUGGUGUUUAUGGUCCUUGUCAUGUGAAUGAGAAAAAAACAUUUCGUACGGAGCUAGAUACUUUGCAUGGAUAUUGGAAUGGAAAUAUUUUGUGUUUCGGUGGAGCCUUCAACGAGAUAAGAUAUAUGGUGGAGAGAAGAGGUUGUCGUAGAGCAUCAAUUUCAAUGAAAUUAUUCAAUGACCCAUGUAAUGAACUUGAUCUUGUAGAAUUGCCUCUUUCCAAUGGGAAGUUUACUUGGAGUAGGACACCUAAUAAGAAGAGCAAGAUUGAUCGUUUUCUUUUCACUCCGGAUUGGGAAGAUCAUUUUCCAAAUAUUAUCUUCAAGCGCCUCGCAAGACCUUUUUCGGACCAUUUUCCUAUUGAGUUAUGCUCAUCGAAUCCAGAUUGGGGUACGGCGGGUGAUUGUUUUGCAAAGAAAUUAAAUGCUUUGAAGGAGAAAUUGAAGGUGUGGAAUAAAGAUGUCUUUGGGAGCAUUGAUAGGGUUAUCGAUGCAGCGCUUACCAAGGUGAAAGAGUUGGACGAUCUAGAUGAUGGUAGGGGUCUUACCGAAGUUGAAGAGGACAUGCUUGUGACGGCUAAAGUGGAGUUUGAGAUGGCUCAUCGUCGUCAAUUCAUAAUGUUAAGAAAAAAGUCAAGAAUUAGAUAUUUUAGGGAUGGUGACCGCAACACUAAACAUUUUCAGCGAGUAGUGAAGGGACAUAGAGCCUUUAACAACAUCAACAACCUUCGCAUCAAUGGUCGAUGA